AUGCUAGCUGAUUAUUGCCCCUCGCCCUGCUCUGUCUUUGAAACCUUUCGAGCAUGUGGGUUGUGUGGGCUCAUCCACCCCCUCUACGGAGUACCUCUGCCUUUUGACCCCUCUACGCUGGGGGCUGAAGCACAAAGUCUGGAACCAGAGAUCAGCCUCAAAGACGUCAACUGA